AUGUCUCUCGAGGAACUGACCAGCAAAUCCUAUGACUACGUCGUCUGUGGGGGUGGUACGGCGGGUCUAGUCAUCGCAGCUCGUCUCACGGAGGAUCCGAACGUUACUGUGGCAGUCCUGGAAGCUGGCGGUAAUGGGCUUAACGACCUCUUGAUCGAUGCACCAAACAUGUUUACCCAGCUCUGGGGCAAACCCCAAUAUGAUUGGAACUACAAGACUGUUCCACAAGAAGGUACAGUUGGCCGAGUGCACGGCUGGGUUCGCGGGAAAGUUCUCGGCGGCAGCAGCGCUGUCAACUACAACAUGUUUAGUAUGGCUUCCAAGCAGGAUCUGGACAACUGGGGAGAGCUUGGAAACAAAGGCUGGUCCUUUGACGAUAUGAAGCCUUACUAUCGGAAAUUUGAGACAUAUCACCCUGCAUCGGAGACUUUAGGGAAGGGAGUUGACGACAAAUACCUUGACAAGUCACUUCGUGGCACCUCUGGUCCAGUUCAUAUUUGCUUCCCGAAAACUGAUGUCACCUGGGGCCAGGAUGUGUGGCCUAAAACUAUAACGAACGCCGGAUACUCACCCGCAAAGGAUCCUCGCACUGGCUCAGCUAUCGGCGGCUUCAACCAACUCAACACUGUCGACCCCGAGCACAACAGGCGAAGCUACGCCGCGAGAGACUACUACGAGCCUAAUGCGGAUAGACAAAACUUGACUCUCAUAACUCAUGCGCUGGUCUCCAAAGUCGAGCUUGAGACGACCACUGGACAAGUCAAGGCCACUGGCGUUCACUUUACGGUCGAUGACACUUCGCACAUGAUGAAAGCGAAUAGAGAAGUUAUCAUCUGUGGAGGAGUCGUUAACUCACCGCAGCUCCUUGAGCUUUCCGGCAUCGGAUCACCUGCUGUACUGAAGAAGGCUGGCGUCGAAGUCAUCAUUAACCUUCCAGGUGUGGGAGAGAACUUGAAUGAUCAUACAGCGACUGGCCUUUCACUAGGUGUUAAAGAUGAAUACCCCACCGCCGAAGCUUUAAAGAACCCAGCCAUCAUGCAGCAAGCCCUAGAAGCAUACAUCACCCACAAAGCUGGCCCAUUUGCGGGAGCGCCUACCACGACAGGUUUUGCUUCCCUUUCAAAGAUCGAGCCCGACUUUCCAAAUGCAGAGUCGCACAUCCAAUCGCUCCUUCAAGAAUUCUCAAGUAAGCAUCCAGACGCCGACCCUGCAGGUCGCGAUCCCAUGCUUGCGCGCCAACUCCUCGAUCCCAAAGAAGCAGUCUGCCAGAUUGUCAUGCUACCUACAGGUAUCCAAGCAAAUCUUCCAGAUAAUGCUGCCGCGUUGUUCCCUUCCGAGGAAGACGGCAUGUGGUGUACAAUGGGUGCAUGUAGCACGCGUUCCCUAUCCCGUGGUACCAUCCACAUCAACUCCUCAGACCCAACCACGCACCCCACGAUCGACCCAGCAUACUUUUCGCACCCCCUCGAUCUAGACAUGAUGGCGCGAGCACUCCUUCACUGCAUAUCCUUCACAGCCGUAGAACCGUUUGCCUCGGUCCUCCGUCGAGACGCCGAUGGCAACCUUAUCCUGGCUAAAUCUUCUGGCUCGCUGCCCAAGACGCUAGAAGAAGCCAAGGAAUUUGUACAGAACAAUACUCAGCAAAAGAUGUCGACACGCAGGUCCGGUCGCGCGACCAAAGAAGUCAAAUACACCUCAGCGUCAGAAGGCUCAGAUUUCGAGGACAAGAAGAAGAGGACCAAGAAGACUAGCACCACCAAGAAAGCAGCCGGAACACCAAAAAAAUCUACCAAGAAGCGCGCCGCGGAAUCUGACAAUGGCGAUGCUUUCACCAAGGAAAAUGGCGCCACAACAACCAACACACCCCCCAAACCCAAGCGCCAAAAGAAAGACUCCGCAAUCCUCGCUGCGGACGCGCAAGAAAAACAAGCCAAAGCCGACAAAGCUGCGCACAAGAAAGCAUGGCAAGACUGGCUCGCUUCCCACGAUGUCGAGGGCGAGAUGCUAGAAGAAGAGCCGGGCAAGGAAGAGAGUAUCACACAAACUGAUGCACUCAGGAAGUACGGAAUGAAGAAAGAGGAGCUGAGUUCGCUGCUGCGGUUCGAGAAGAAGAAUCCAUUGUAUGGAGGUACGAUGAAGUUGUUCCUCGAGGAGGAUGUGAGGGAGUUGGCGUUUAGGAAGAUUGGCACCUUGGAGGGAGUCCAAGGAAAUGACGAGCAAGUUGUCAAGAAGGGCGAGGAGAUGUGGACUGAAGAGCAUGAAAAUGAUGUCGAUGAUGUCGAUGUGCCUGAAGAGAAGGAUACAAAGACUGAAAAGGACAAAGACAAGCCCGCAACACAAGAUGACAAAGACGACAAAUCCGCCAAAACUGAAAAGGCCAACAGGGAAGACGCACCUGCCGGAACCGAGAAACCAAAGAAGGAGAAGACGACAAAGCAGAAGUGGUCGGCAUACAUAUCUACGCACUCUAUCGACGAGGACCAAAAGCUUACUGAAGAACCAUCAGACGUUAUCAAUCAAACUGAGUGUAAGAGCAAGUACUCUCUAACGCCAAAGGACCUGGCCUGCCUACCUCACUUUCCCAAGAAGAACCCGGCGUAUGGGAAUAAUACAAAACUGUUCAAAGAGAGCGAGGUGAAGUCACUGGCAUAUAGGAAGAUUGCGGUAUUGGCUGGGGUGAAGGACGAUGAUAAGGAUGAUGAGGAGCUGUUGGAGAGAGGAAGGGAGCUCUUCGACGCGCAGGAUGGUUUAGACAAAGACGAGAAAGUAGAUGGUACCUGA